CCCCCCAGAACCUAGCACCGCCUCUUCCGCGUUCUCGGCGGAGAGCUGGAGGUGGGGGUGCGCGCGGCCGGUCCGCGGUGGUCAGCCAAGAUAAAGAUGAAGCAGAGGCAGGUGGUGAGCUGAAGGAAAUCGGCUGGGCGGAGACCAGUGGAUCACUCCCUGUGGCUGGAAGACACCAACUUUGGGACACCGGCAUCACUGCUCAGAGUUGAGUAACCCUGUAGAGAUGGGCAGCAGUGAGCCCCUUCCCGUGGUGGACAGUGACAAGAGGAGGAGGAAGAAGCGCAAGGCCCGGGCCACCAGCUCCUUGCCAGGAAAAUUUGAAGAUGUGUACAAGCUAACCUCUGAAUUGCUGGGAGAAGGGGCCUAUGCCAAAGUCCAAGGUGCUGUGAGUCUGCAGACUGGCAAAGAGUAUGCUGUCAAAAUCAUCGAAAAACAAGCAGGGCACAGUCGGAGUCGAGUAUUCCGAGAGGUGGAGACGCUCUAUCAGUGUCAAGGCAACAAGAACAUUUUGGAGCUGAUUGAGUUCUUUGAAGAUGACACAAGGUUUUACUUGGUCUUUGAGAAAUUGCAAGGAGGCUCCAUCCUAGCACACAUCCAGAAACGGAAGCACUUCAAUGAGCUAGAAGCCAGCAGAGUGGUGCAGGACGUUGCCACUGCCCUUGACUUCCUACAUACUAAAGGCAUUGCUCACCGUGAUCUGAAGCCAGAAAAUAUACUGUGUGAAUCUCCAGAAAAGGUAUCUCCAGUGAAAAUCUGUGACUUUGACUUGGGCAGUGGGGUGAAAUUGAACAACUCCUGCAUACCCAUAACCACACCAGAACUGACCACUCCAUGCGGCUCUGCAGAGUACAUGGCUCCCGAGGUGGUGGAGGUCUUUAGGGACGAGGCCACUUUCUAUGACAAGCGCUGUGACCUGUGGAGCCUGGGCGUGGUCCUCUACAUCAUGUUGAGUGGCUACCCCCCCUUUGUAGGUCACUGUGGGGCUGACUGUGGCUGGGACCGGGGAGAGGUGUGCAGGGUAUGCCAGAACAAGCUGUUCGAGAGCAUCCAGGAAGGCAAAUACGAGUUUCCUGACAAGGACUGGGCUCACAUCUCCAGUGAGGCCAAAGACCUCAUCUCUAAGCUCCUAGUUCGAGACGCAAAACAAAGACUCAGUGCUACACAAGUCCUGCAGCAUCCGUGGGUACAAGGGCAAGCUCCAGAAAGGGGACUCCCCACACCGCAAGUCCUCCAGAGAAACAGCAGCACCAUGGACCUGACCCUCUUUGCAGCAGAGGCCAUUGCUCUUAACCGCCAGCUGUCUCAGCAUGAGGAAAACGAACUGGCCAAGGAACAUGUGACCCUAGCUGAGGGCCUCUGCUCCGUGAAGCUUUCGCCACCAUCCAAGUCUCGCCUGGCACGCAGGCGAGCCCAGGCCCAGGCUGGGCGAAGUGGAGAUGCAGACCUAUGCUCAACACCCACAGGGCUCUGAACCACUGAGUCACACCUCAUCAGCCUGCCCAGGAGAUGCCUCUGGAAACCUGUGAGGCCAAAGUGUAGAGUGGGCAGAGGGACCUGCUCUGCUCUGCUACUCUAGGCAAGCUUUUUCUAUCCACAAAGGCCUGAGGUUCCCACCCAUCCCCCCUUUCCCCUGGGUACUUAGAAGAAAAAGCUUGGGGUAGGGGGUUGUCUUUGAAAAGGAAAGCAAUCACUUGUCACUUUGCAUAAUCGCCUGCAGCAGGGACAUCUCUGGGCUCCACCUGCUCACUGCAUGCAGAUUCGGGAUCCAGCGUGUGGUGGGGGCUGCUGGGGCUGCAGCCUUCAGGGAGCCAGCUUCAACGAGCUGACAGAGGCUGCCAACACAUGCCUCUUCCCUCUCUGUACUGUCAACCUUCCUCUGGAGGUCCUUCCACCUUCCUCUGCCCUCCGGAUGUCCUCUCUACCUGUCCUCUCCCUAACUGAACAAAGCCCCAAUUCAGGACAGGCAGGGAGCUGGAUCAGUCUUCCAGUCUGUAGCACGGAGAAGCGUGUAAUCUUUCUUUGCCGUGACCAAAAGGUGUUCCUCAUUUAUCAUCCUUUUCCUUGUUUGGGAUUGCUGCUAAGGUCAGUAUUAUUUUUUUUUUAAAUAUGUUUGCGUUUUUAAUCAUGCACUUCCAGCAGACAUAGAACUUUAAACUCCCACUGCAAGCCAUGAACUUCCCAGAGUGGAUAACAUGUGCUUGGGUUUUAAUCGACCUUCCCCACAAUUCCAACUGGUUUUAAGCUGUUCCGAUGAUGAGACAGUAUCGCCGUCUGCUGGUGCUAUGUUCUCCCAGGUCUUCUCUGGAGAGUGGCACAAAGCCAGGACAGUUAGACAGACUGCUGUGUCUGAGAUGAAGCCAGAUCACAGGCAGCCAGGUCUGAGGAAUGCUGUGCCUGUGCCCACUGCCUCAGAACAUGAAGGUACAACCAUUGUCAGAUAAGCUGUGGAGUUACAUAAAGAAAACAGAUUUGCAUAUGUUAUAGUCAUUAGUCACACAACCACAAUCACCAAGAUAAUGCUCAUACCUUGUGUUUGUUUUAAUAAAUAAUUUUAAAUUGCUAUGACUGA